AUGACUGCAGACUACAAAACCGUCAUCAGACAGAAGCAUGCUUCUAACCUAGACAAGAUCCCAGCUGAGUGGCGCCUCAAGUACAUUCCUUCCCCUGAGGAACAGCAAGAGGUGGAGCCAUACAUAGAGCCAUUCCUAUCUUCCAAGGAGCUGUGGAUUACCAAUGUCUCUGCGCUUGAGCUCCUGAAAAACAUCAAGUCCGGGCAGCUUUCAUCUUUGGAGGUCUGCGAGGCAUUUUGCCAUCGCUCUGCCCUUGUUCACCAGCUCACAGAUUGUUUGAUCGAGAUCUUCUACGACAGAGCCCUGCAACGUGCUAGGGAGCUGGAUGCAUAUUUCCAGGAAACCGGCAAGCUUGUGGGUCCUCUGCACGGAAUUCCCAUUUCGUUAAAAGACCAGUAUAAUCUGAAAGGCAUUACCACCUCCCUUGGAUACGUGGCUCCGCACAUAUCCAAGGAAUUAGAGUGCGUCGUCUCGCAGAAAACCCCAGACGAAGAGUCGCUUCUUGCCCGCAUUUUGUACGACGCGGGCGCCGUUUUCUAUGUCAAGACGACCGUUCCCAUGGCGAUGUUUGGCAGCGAGACAUCCUCGAAUCUGGGAAUCACCAAGAAUCCGUUUGACAGACGCAAGUGUCCUGGUGGCUCCAGCGGAGGAGAAGCAGCUUUGUUGGCUGGGAAAGGUUCCGUGAUUGGCAUGGGAACCGACAUUGGAGGAUCUAUUCGUGGCCCUUCUGCGCAAUGCGGCCUCUUUGGACUAAGACCAUGCUCGAAUCGGUUCCCUUACCUGGGAACUUCUAAUUCAUAUCCAAACCAGUCCAUUGUCCCGUCCGUGGCAGGGCCAAUGUGUCGGUACUUGGAGGACAUGGAGUACGUUUCUAAAGUCGUGUUUGUUGCUCGGCCAUGGUUCCAGGAUGCGAGAGUGCCUCCUAUUCCGUGGAGAAGUGUAGAUCUCGACACCAUAAAUGUUGGCUUCAUGCACUGGGACAAAAUUGUUAUGCCGCAUCCACCAAUUCUGCGUGCUCUGAAACACGCCGAGGCGUCGUUGCAGAAGAACGGUGUUGACUGUCUUGACGUCGAGCCUCCGCUCAACCACGCCGAGAUGGCUACCUUUUUGACCGACAUCUACACCUGCGAUGAUUUCGCAGAAAUCAAAAGAUUUGCUGCUCUUGGGGGCGAGCCGUUACCGGAACUGCUCGUCAGAAUGUUCCAGCUGAAUGGUAAGGUCUCCGACUUGGAAGACAUCUUCAAGAAAGUCGGCCAAAAAUAUCAGUAUCAGCAAACGUACGACAAAUUUUGGAACGACACCGCCAAGCACACCAAAAACGGCAAACCAGUGGAUUGCAUCAUUAUGCCGGGCUGGGCCUGCACCUCGUGGAAAAUUGGAGAGAACUACAAGAUCGCCAACAUCUACACCAGAUUCCUCAAUGUCUUGGACUACUCUGUGAUCACGCUCCCUGUUUCUCACGUGAGAGACACAGACGAGCCGUUCGAGAGGACCGAUUUUGCAGGGGAUAUGGACAGACUGUGCUGGGAGUAUUACGACAAGGAGUUCUACCGCGGCAUGCCAAUCGUGCUGCAGCUCGUUUGUCGCAGAUAUGAAGAAGAGAAGUGUAUUGCACUGGCAAAAAAGCUGCUGCCAAUAAUUAGAGAUUAA